AUGUUCAACCCCAUUGGUAUCAGCCAAAUGGGGUUGAAAUUUACAAAGCAAGUGCCAGGAAAGGCUGGAAACACCACUCUAGUCCUCCAGAACCGAAUGCUCUCUUAUCUUACGGCAAGUUCUUUUAUUCGGAACCUGGUGUCCAAGAAAAGAAGGCGGAUGGUUGUUGGUGGCUAUGAUCUGGACAUGUCAUAUAUAACAGAUCGUGUAUUGGCAAUGUCGUUUCCUGCUGAACAUAUGCGAGCAAUGUAUCGUAAUCCUCUAUGGCAGGUGAAGUCUGUGCUGGAAAUGAGACAUCAGGGGCAUUACAAGAUCUACAACUUGUGCAUAGAAGAAGACUAUGAUCCAUCACACUUUCAUGGCCGUGUUGAGAAGUUUCCUUUUGAUGACAAUCACGUUCCAAAUUUCGAAAUGAUGAAGUUAUUCUGCGAGAGUGUGCAUUCAUGGCUGUCAAAUGACCCCAAAAAUAUUGCAGUCAUACAUUGCAUGGCAGGCAAAGGUCGAACUGGCUUAAUGGUGUGUGCCUACCUUAUUUACACUGGCAUGUUAGCAGAGGAAGCAUUUCAGCUAUAUGCCCAAAAACGAACUACCAACAACGAAGGAGUCUCUAUACCAAGCCAACGUCGGUAUGUGGGGUAUUGGGAAAAAAUACUUUCUUUUCCUACGGGAGUUAGCAAUGGACCUCCAGAUGUGAACUUGCCUCAACCAUGUAGCAGAGAAUUGUGGCGGAUUAGGCUUUAUGACACAGUUAACACCACCUCUGUCUUCUUUGUGGUCUCAGAGCUCCAAGAGAUUCCUGGUCAGUUGUACCAUCCACCUGUGGAAGUUGCCAAGCGUUGCUGUAGAGAAAUCACAAAAGGAUGUGAGGCAAACUGCAGUCCUCGAUACUUCUUGUCAUUUGUUGAAGGGGACGAAGAAGGGACUACAUCAGAAUCAGAACCUCGUGUCGUUGUCCAAAUGGACACAGAGAGUCCUGUAUUAUACCAGAAGACCUGUCUUGACUAUCAUUUCAGUAAACCUGUGCAAGUUAGUGGAGAUAUGCGCAUCAUAUUCUAUCAAAAAAUGAUUGGAGGCCGCCUUUUUUAUGCCUGUUUCAAUACAGCCUUCAUUAAAAACAGCUUGUUACAGUUUACCAUCCGGGAUUUGGACAAAGUUGGGAGCAAAGGCAGAUCAAUUUGUGGCCCUGCCUUCUGCGUGGAGUUGCUAUUUGGUCCUGCCAACCCGAAGAAUUCGAUGUUAUGUUCAUCUGAUUUUGAUAAGUAGUUACGAAUUUAUCCUGAAAUCUAAAGUCUAGAUUUGUUUUAAAACGAUAUGAUGCAAACCUUGAUUUGAUUUUUCUGGCGAAACGGUCCAUUUGAUGGAAGUUGAGUUAUAUGGAUCAACUGAUACAGCAACCUGCUACAUACUGAUUCAUUCUGUAAUUUUUUUUCUUUCUAUUUUGUCAUCGAUGGCAAGAUACUAGGAAUAACAACAAGUUUUGUACUCGAUAGAUUUGAGAGCUUUCCAUAGAAGAUGAGAUUUAUCUCAAUUGUUUGACACUGUUUGCAGAUAUGUCAAACUGCAUCAGCAUCAUCUAUCCCCAAAAGUUUCCAGG